AAUUAUCAUCUCUAAAAAAAAAUUUAUGUAGAAAAAAGAAAGAGGUAAACGGACUUGGAGGGAAAAAGAAGAAGUGAGGAGAGUAGCGAAGAGAAGAUGCCUGUGGCGAGGCGAGAGACUUGUGAUGCAAGAGUCAUUGCUCAUGUAGACAUGGAUUGCUUUUAUGUCCAAGUGGAACAGAGGAAGCAACCAUCUUUAAGGGGCUUGCCUACUGCAGUCGUACAGUACAACUCCUACAAAGGCGGAGGCUUGAUUGCUGUUAGCUAUGAAGCUCGCAAAUGCGGGGUCAAACGUUCAAUGCGUGGUGAUGAAGCAAAGGAAGCCUGUCCGCAAAUUCAAUUGGUUCAAGUCCCUGUCGCACGUGGUAAAGCUAACCUCAACACAUAUAGGAAUGCCGGUUCUGAGGUUGUUACAAUUCUCUCGCGGAAGGGUCGAUGUGAGAGAGCUUCAAUUGAUGAGGUGUAUCUUGACCUCACCGAUGCUGCUCAAACUAUGUUAAUGGAAACUCCUCCGGAAAGCAUGGAACAUGUUGAGGAGGAAGUUACCAAGUCCCAUGUUUUGGGGCUUCAAGUUAAGGAUGGAAAUGAUGCUAAAGAAGAAGUUAGGAAGUGGCUUUGUAGGAGUGAUGCUAGCUACCAAGAAAAGCUAUUAGCUUGUGGGGCCUUCAUUGUUGCUGACCUCAGAAUGCAGGUUUUGAAAGAGACGGAAUUCACAUGCUCUGCUGGUAUUGCUCAUAAUAAGAUGCUGGCUAAACUUGCUAGUGCUAUGAAUAAACCUGCACAACAAACAGUUGUGCCACAUUCAUCCGUUGAAGGGUUGCUCGAGUCUUUUCCCAUUAAGAAAAUGAAACAGCUUGGGGGAAAGCUGGGGACUUCCUUACAAAGUGACCUUGGUAUCAACACUGUCGGUGAUCUGCUUCAAUUUUCAGAGGAGAAGCUACAACAACGUUAUGGGAUCAACACUGGUACUUGGCUGUGGAAUAUUGCGAGAGGAAUCAACGGGGAAGAAGUUGAGGAGCGACUACUUCCUAAGAGCCAUGGUUCUGGAAAGACAUUUCCUGGGCCUCAAGCUUUGAAGACAUUUGCAUCUGUUCAGCACUGGCUUAACGAACUGUGUGAAGAGCUGAGUGAACGCCUUGAGUCUGACAUGGAUCAAAACAAACGGAUUGCGCACACGUUGACUCUGCAUGCUAGAGCAUAUAAGAGAGGGGAUUUAGAUUCACAUAAAAAGUUCCCUUCUAAAUCUUGUUCUUUAAGAUAUGGGACUACAAAGAUCCAAGAGGAUGCCCUAACUCUAUUUCACGCUGGAUUACGUGAUUUUUUGGGCCUUUUCAACUUUAAGACUCAAAGUAGUGAAAAUAACAGCUGGGGAAUAACAUCACUUUCUGUUUCUGCGAGUAAGAUUGUCCCAAUACCAUCUGGGACACAUUCGAUUGCUAAAUAUUUCGGUGAGCGAUUACCAUCUAGUUCUUCAUCAAAUCAACCAGUAGAUAAUGUCAUUGACGAAGUUGCACCAUCCUCACCGUCAGCUGAAAAUUGUUGGGAAGUGAUUCCUAAUGAACUGCAACUUGAAUAUCCUGAAGAAGACCCAGGAAUGAACCAUUCAAAUGCUUGUCUAGAUCAACCGGAUCUGUUGGGCAAUUUAUCUGAAAAAGUAGACGGCUUGACAGAAGAAUCCUCCCUUGUGGCACCCUCGGGAAAUGAAGACAGGGUGACACAAAUUGAGUCAUGUAGAGAUAUACCCACAAAAGAACCUAGGCAUGCUUUCAAUACCUUCAGUGCGAAUGCAGUUGAGAAGAAAAAGGCAGCAGGAAAGAAGCCUCAACAGGGGAGUUGUUCAAUUACAAAUUUUUUCAAUAAUUACCAUAAUUCCCAGUCUUCAUUUGAGCAGAAGAAUGUUACAAAUGCCCAAGGAUCUCAGUCUGCCAGUUCUAGUUAUUUAUCAAAUAAUCAAGUUGAGAUACCACCUGAAGAGGUUGAUAAAAAUAGCAUAGAUUGUAUUCCUCAAAGAAGCCAAGCUUGGAGUUAUAACAUUGAUGAGAUUGACCCCUCUAUCAUUGAUGAAUUACCACCUGAAAUUCAGGAUGAGUUUCGAACAUGGCUUAGGCCUCGUAAGCGGCCUCAUGUGGUUAAACGAGGUUCUAAUAUUACUCAAUAUUUUCGACCUGACAGAAGUAAAUAAAAUGAUUAUCAACUUUGGUCUACCGCAAAUAGAAGCUUUAAAUACAUGUAGCUGAUUUCUGAUUGGAUACUUGGUUUAGAUCUUUAGGAAAUCAGUGGAAGAAACCUUGUUACUCUAUGCCCCUUUGUAACCUUAUGUGAAUGUAAAUAUAUAUGUAUACAUGCUGAUCAUUCUUUCCCCUUAGAUUUGCUAUUUUUUCUUUUAGGUUUGCUCUGGACUGGAGGUUUUGUUAUUAGCCUUUUCUCGUACUCCUAUUGUAGUAGUAACUUUACUGAAAUCUCCAUAUAAAAUGAGAAAAUAAAAGUUUUAGAUAA